UAAGAUGUAAGUGAAUGAACAUUAUUUCCUGUUUCUGCAGAUGCUGGUUGGGGUUUGUUGCUUUUGUUAGCCUUCAGUUUUAACAUUUGAAGAAUGGCCGAGGAAGAGGAUGAUCCUGGCUUUGAUGAGGAUAUAGACGAUGGAGGUAAUGGGGCAGACUCGGGCCAGGGUAAAAGAAAGCGACUUUUUUCGAAGGAGCUUCGCUGUAUGAUGUAUGGUUUUGGAGAUGACCAAAAUCCAUACACUGAAUCAGUGGAUAUACUGGAGGAUCUGGUGAUUGAGUUCAUCACGGAGAUGACACACAAGGCGAUGUCUAUAGGCCGCCAGGGCCGUGUUCAGGUGGAGGACAUCGUCUUUCUCAUCCGCAAGGACCCUAGAAAGUUUGCGAGAGUGAAAGACCUGCUCACAAUGAAUGAGGAGUUGAAGAAAGCUCGCAAAGCCUUUGACGAGGCAAAUUAUGGGUCUUAAAAUAGGCCAUGAUUCGUAAUGCUUUCAUUUUAUUCAACCCAUGUGAAUAUGGUUACUUAUUGCCUCUAAUGGAGUUUGACCUGUUAUAAAUAUUUGUAUGAAACUGUACAUCUUGCAUACAGUACAGUAUUUUUUGAGUUGCAUGAUAGUCCAUAAGGUUUUUGUCUUAACUUUGUGGAAUAUUUUUAAUUUUUUUCCCCGAAACAAUUUAAACUUAUUUAACAUGUAAUGGAAGAAGGCAAAAAGACUAUGCUUUUAUAAUAUUUUGAGAAACAAAGUAAAUGUAAACCUUGAAAAUCCUAUGAAAAUGGCUCUUUUUAAUUAUUAAAUUUGUUUUUUGUCUCUUAUUUCCUUUUUGUUCAACCUUUAUAGCAUAAUACCUUAAUAACAGUUUGUCAUAUACAUAAUGGCAUUAUUUAAUACCAGAAGCCAAAAAUAAUUGCUUUGGUAAAUUGUGCCUGAUAUUGGCUGUUCACAAUUGAACAUAAAAGCAGUACAAAUAGGAUGCAAGUUCAUCACACAUUUAUGUUUUGCCAGUAAUAUACAGUGCAUUCAUAAAGUAUUCAGACCCCUUCAGUUUUUUCACAUUUUGUUAUGUUGCAGCCUAAAUGCUUAAAAUAUUUUUUUUCCCCACAACAAUCUACACUCCAUGCCCUAUAAUGACAAAGCAAAAACCAGAUUUUUGAUAACUUUGCAAAUUUAUUAAAAAGAAAAAUCUGAAAUAAUCACAUUAAAAUAAGUAUUAAGACCCUUUACUCAGUACUUAGUUUAAGCACCUUUGACAGUGAUUACAGCCUCAGGUCUUUUUGGGUAUGAUGCAACAAGCUUUGCACACCUGGAUUUGGGGAUUUUCUGCCAUUCUUCUUUGCAGAUCUUCUCAACCUCUGUCAGGUUGGAUGGGGACCGACGGUGAACAGCCAUUUUCAGGUCUCUCCAGAGAUGUUCGAUUCAGUUCAAGUCUGGCUGGACCACUCAAGGACAUUCACAGAGUUGUCCCUAAACCACUCUUGCUUUGUCUUGGCUGUGUGCUUAGGGUCAUUGUCCUAUUGGAAGGUGAACCUUUGGCCCAGUCUGAGCGCUUUGGACCAGGUUUUCAUUAAGGAUAUCUCUGUAUUUUGCUGCUUUCAGCUUUACUUCAGCCCUGACCAGUCCCCCAGUCCCUGCUCUUGGAAGAGUCCUGGUUGUUUAAAACUUCUUCCAUUUAAGAUUUAUGGAGGUCGCUGUGCUCUUGCGAACCUUCAAUGCAGCCAAAAAAUGUUUGUAGCCUUCCCCAGAUCUGUGCCUCGACACAAUCCUGUGUCUGAGCUCUGCAGGCAGUUCCUUUGACCUCAUGGCUUUGUUUUUGCUCUGAUAUGCAUUUUCAGCUGUGAGACCUUAUAUAGUCAGGUGUGUGCCUUUCCGUAUCAUGUCUAAUCAAUUGAAAUUGCCACAGGUGGACUCCAAUAAAGGUGUAGAAACAUCUCAAAGAUUAUCCAGAGAAAUGGGAUGCACCUGAGCUAAAUCUCAAGUGUAAUAGCAAAGAGUCUUAAUACUUAUGUCAAUGUGAUAUUUCAGUUUUUUCUUUUUGCUAAAUUUGCAAGGUUAUCAAAAAUCUGGUUUCUGCUUUGUCAUUAUGGGGUAUAGAGUGUAGAUUGAUGUGAGAAAAAAAUCAUAAUUUAAAGCAUUUUAGCAUACGGUUGCAACAUAACAAAAUGUGGAAAAAAAUGAAGGGGUCUGAAUACUUUAUGAAUGCACUGAAUAUACAACUGAUGUGUUAAGGCCGCUGAAGAUAAUUUUAAACUUGUGGUAGAGGUUGUAAACUUGCAAUGUAUUCAAUUUUCACUGGCACUGCACCUUCAACUUAUAGCCUUCUACUUAUAAUACUCCUUAAAAAGCCAUUAAAAUUUGCCACUUUUGAACAUUUCAGUGUAUAUGACUCCAGCAACUUUACAAUCUCUAGUUAAUUUUUUGCAUCUGAGGGUACGUUUAAACGACAACUAUGUACUAAAAACUGAAACGUUUUUUCUUUGUUUUUGAAAAGUUUGGCGUACAGACGAAAACGUUGUAAAAACGAUCCCCAUUCACACGGAUCCGCGAAAACGACUAAAAACGCUGUAUUAAAGCUGCGUUCACAUUGCCAGCGACAUCGCGCGAGACAGCAACACGAUCCUAUUCAUUUUCAAUAAGAGCACAGCGACUUCCGGCGACACGAGCUGCUGCGGCCGUUGACGACAAGACAAGUUGAGAAAAUGUCAACUUUAUGCAAAUGACGAGCGAUAUUCACGAGCGACUGCCAAUGAGAGUGAAGACAGCAGAGCUUACGUCAUCUGUCUCCUGGCAGACUAGGGAUGAGUGCAUGCAAGACAGAGAAGUUUCAGCAUCCUGAGCGAUUUUUUACUGUUCUGUAUAAUUUGUAUGUAACCACAUGCAUGGAUAUAAUAAAACAUUGAUGCGUGGAAAAGCA